GCUUACCGCGGAGGGGAGGUGGUACUUGAUUAGUGUUGGCAGCGAUUUAUAUUUGACUCCCAAUCAUUGUAAGUAAAUCCUAGGCGAAUGUGCGCAGUGAUAAUAGAAAUAAUGAUUUCAUUUAUUUACUUAUUUAUUCACUUUUGAUGAUGUGAUGUAAAGAGAGAUUCUACGGGAUGAUUCUCAGUAUUUACACGCGACAUAUCGGAUUGGGGCUUGUUGAAGGAGGGAAGGAAGGACACUUUUGGUAUAAUUAGAUGGGGAGAAAUAAGUUAAUGAUGCGUUUAUUUUAGUCAUCUGGUGGCCACCAGGAUAAAUGAUAUGCUAAGGUACCAUAAUGGAAAUGUUAUGCUAAGGCGAGUCAAUGAAGAAGGAAGACAUGCUAGGGGCCAUAUUGACUAUUUAUUCCCUAGAACAGCACCGAGCACGAGUUCAUCCGGAAACUUCAGAAUACGUGAUGUAAUCAUAUAGCAAGUAAUGCAACGGUAACGUGACAGAAACAUUCAGACCUGCUUUUGUAUUUUUAACCUUAGUGAUAGGUCAUUUUUAACAGCCAACCGGAAACGGAUUUUAUUUCGGAUUCUGGAGUGAUACUGUGAAACACUUGAGGUUGAACUAUAUACCAGGUCCUACAUAUUUCGAUUUCUCUUUGUGGCCGAAGUGUUAAAAUGUCAUGCAGUCGUUAAUGAUCGACAACAUACCUUUCGGUUUCCUUCGUGUUUUUCUACUUAUUUCCAGGAUCUAUUUUGACUAAAAAUUGAAUUAAGUUUUUGUCCAGGUUAAAAUGCUAAUAAAGAAAACGACAUGAUUUGCUAAAAAAAAUCAACGAUGCAAUUUCUAGCACUUUCUUUUGUACCUAUUCAGGCAAUGGCAUUAACUGCUGACGAAGUGCUCAUAAAAAUCGGCAGCUUCGGCCGUUAUCAAUUUCGUCUGCUGAUCUUCGCCAACGUGCUCGGGUUUUUUUGGCUUGCAUGGCCGAUGCUUAUCAACACGUUCAUAACCGCUGAGCCCGGCUGGCGUUGCGUUGCAAAUAGCACCGAGUGUCAGAUGGAUGGAAUUGUUUAUACUGAGGACGACAACUACAAUCUGAGGUGUAACAUGUCGAGAGCAGCCUGGGAAUUUGUUGGCGAAUAUACAUCAGUUGUCACACAGGUACAGACAGUAGUGAGCCAGCAGAGGCUUUUUUUGAUUAAAAAGCAUCUUCCUUAAAUCUCGGAGAUAUUUUCAAUAGGGGCUCGAAAGUAAUCAGGGAUUGCAUUGAUUUGUUUUACUUGGCACUUUCUUUGAUCCAGAAAACUCGCCAUUCCCUUAACCAAUCAGAUCUAAAACCGACCAAUCACGGCAUGAUCGUCUUUGUUUACCCGCGCUUUAGGCAGUUUGGUUGUUUUUACUAUGAGCUCUCAUUUGCUCUUUAAGUAUUUUCCUUUCUUUUAAUGUGCUCUACUGAUUACGUUGGUCAUGGCUUUACGACACCAUCAGAAAAGCACUCUAGUUGCUUCUUCAUUCAUUUAGCUUUGGUUUUAGAAAACUUAGUUUAAAUAUGCUGAACAGCCUGAAUUCGACAGGAAAUAGAAGUUAUUCUUAUGAGUUGUUACCUCUAGCCAAGUGGAAACAAAGUCAUUCAGUCAAGUUUCUGUUUUCUUUCUUUCGUCACAGUUUGAUCUGGUGUGUGACAAAGCGAUCUAUGGAACUGUGUCUUCAUCUUUGCUCUUCCUUGGGUCUCUGACGGGCGCUGCCACAGUCAGUACUUUAUCAGACAAAUUCGGCCGUAGAAUCAUCACGUUUACAACUGGAUUUCUUAUUUCACUAUUCAGUUUGCUGUCAGCUUUCUCAAACUCCUAUUGGCUAUUCACUCUUUUUCGCUUCAUUAUUGGAUUUAAUUUAGGUAAAUGCACUGUAAAAAAUAUUAAAGGUAACCUCCGAUCCGUUUAUUCACUCCUAGAGCAGUUUUCCAUCGAACGUAGAAAAACCAAACCAAAGGGAUUCCAGUGUACAACAUCGUAAGCCAGUUAGAAUUUCUUUCUUCAAAACUAGGGUUGACAGUUAGGCUGAUAAACUGGUUGGCGUCAUUCUUCAUCCCCUCCCCUCCCCCACUAAUCUGAACGGGCUUGUGUAUUUUCUUCAUCAGGUGGCAUAGUUGCUAUCUAUAUACUUAUCUCUGAAUUUGUGGGCGUUCGCCACAGAGCUAUGAUGGGAACCUCUCUUUGGUACUCUUGGACCAUUUCGUUGAUGUCCUUGGCGGGAAUUGCCUACCUCAUACCAGAUUGGAGAUCACUGUGCAUUGUCACAGGGGCACCAGCAAUCCCUCUUGCACUUGGCUUCUUGUAAGUGUCGAGUUCCAGAUCCCUCAAAGAGCUUGAGGUGAUCAUGAGCUAAUUAUAAUGCCCUUUGUGUGAAGAAGUUAAAUGCUUGUCACUCCACGAUUAAAAGGUUAACUUAUUCGAGGCCAUGAGCGUUUGUUAUUGGUAAGUAUCUGAUAAAUAACUGUUAUGAGUUGUUCCUCAUUAAAUAAUUACAUGUUCAAGUAUUUCCACCGUGAUAUUCACUGCUCACAAUCGGUAUGUAAAUUUCACUCUUAGUUUUAGCUCGAUAAUAUCUUAUAAGUUACCUCAAAAUGGUGUUUCUUCUAAUACUACUACUUGCAAUUUUCUUUGUGACAGGAUUACGCCAGAAUCUCUUCGCUGGCUGAUUGUAAAAGGUAAGACAAAGGAGGCUACGAAUCUCUGCUCAAGAAUUGCCCGCGUCAAUGGCAAGAACAUUUCAAUGGAGGAAAUCAAACUUGAAGAAAUACGCGAAGAGAGAAUGGGAGACAUCCGAGAUUUGUUUGUUUCACGCAAGAUGGCUAUUAAGACCGUGAUCACGUGGUAUUGUUGGUGAGAGGAAGAAAUAUUUAAAUCACAAAUAAUUAUCAUUUCCCUUUUGCGCACUAAGCUAAAUCAAGGAGAAAUCAUGUAUCCCUUCAAACAAUAGAUUAAUGAAUUUCAGCUAUUGAAAAUAUGCCACUACUGUUAAAUGUGAUUUGGUUUUCAGACAAAUUACUGUCUCCUCCUUACCGAACCCUCACUUCAGAGGAACUUGCAUCGACAGAAGUCAAGAUUCCGUCUGGAAAUACAGUUCAGCCAUGAACCCUUUAACUCCUAGCAGUGAUAAGCAUGUAAUUUCUCCUAACAGUGUCACCCUGAAUUAAGGAUCACGUCAAACAUUAAGGUCAUCAGUGAAUAAAAGAAAUGAUCACGAACUCAAGAAGCUCUUGAUUUUAUGACGAAUUCUCCUUGUAAGGAUUAUACGAAAUGUAUGGGAAAUAGCAUGAAGAACAUGUAUACUGAUGUUAGUGUAAAAUUUGUGGAGAAGCCAUUCGCCUCGUUUUACGCAAGGAAUCGUGGGAACUUUCAGAGAUAUGUUUACCUCUGAAAAACGAGUUUCAUUUGGUCAAAGAGUUAUGCCAACCUAAUGGUCUUUUACAACCAGGAAAGCAGGGCUUUUCUUCCUUCUGAACUAGAUGCUACUCCAUGGCAAGUGCAUACUUCUCCAUGGAUUUUUUUGUCUCAAUUUUAUUUUACCCAGAUAAGCUCUGAGUGGAGAGAGGGAAAUACUGAACGUCCCGGCCUUGAACUCAGAGCGAGUACUCUGUAUUUUUUGUUUUUGUUUUUUUUUCUAGGUUUGCUAAUGCCAUGGUGUAUUAUGGUGUAUUCAUGAGCGCACCCUACAUUGGCGGCAGCAUGCACUUUAACUUCUUCUUAGCCAGUGUCACAGAGCUUCCAGCUAUUACGGUGGGCAUUUGGAUUUACAACAGGUUAGAAAAAAAUUCCGGCAAUGCUAUUGAUCUGUAUGUCAGAGGCAUGAACAGGAAGACGCUUAAAGCUUCAAUCAGGCUUCCAAUUCUAGGAGUUGUUUUUCAUAACCAUUCGAUAAAUAAGGGGGUAAGGUUCUAAAGAUACUGUGGGGGUGGGGGUUGAGCAAUAUAAUCUGGUUUUAGUUUUCAGCCCGUGUAAAACGUACCAGUGCUGAAACAUGGCUAACCUCUUCUAGAUUUGGACGCAAAAAGGGUGUUAUAAUUCCCAUGAUCCUUACCGCUAUCGGUGCUGCCGUCUCCGUUCUCUUGACAACAGAUGACGAAUCCAACAAGGGUAAGUUUUGACUUUUGUUGAUGGUGUUCAAGAAUGAGAGUGAGCAUCUACAUGCCCACUUACAGAAUAAAUCAUGUGCUCCAUCCAGAGAGUUAAAUCUAAUUAAAAUGAUGUUAAUAUACAUUAAUAUGUAAAGUAUGUUGGUGAUUUAUAAAUGUCAGCUUUGUAUUUAAUUUUGAUACAUAUUCAACAAUUUUUAUUGUCAUUUCAACAGGUUUCUUUGUCGGUAAAAUCAUCAUGUCGCUGGUCUGGGCCAAGUUUUGGAUAAUGAUAUCUUUCGAUGGUCUUUAUGUGUAUACAACGGAGCUUUUUCCAACAGCUAUUAGGUAAGAGUUUGUACCGGUCUAAUCCCCAAGGAAACUUGUAGAUUUUGUUUCAAGCUCGAUCGAUGCUACAACGACUUCUAAAUAUCAAAGCGUUUUAAAAAUUCCUUGCUCUUACAUCUGCAGGUCUACAUUAGAAUAUUUCAACCAUCUUUGCCAAACCAAACAAAGCUUGUCGGGGCGAUAGCCUUAUCUGGCUAGGUUAUCGAAUUUUUAGAAUUUGUUCGAAUCUAAAGGGAUUUCUAUGGUUAGUUAUAUUUAAUCGACCCUUCUAAUAUUGAUUCCUCACCUAAGAAACAUUGCAUUGGGAACAUCAGAAGCUGCAGCUGGUAUUGGAUCAUUCAGUUCUUCAUACGUUAUAUACACGGUAAGCCACAGAAAGCAUACGUGGGCCGUUUUCUUUUUCUUUUUUUGCUGAAAAACCUUAGAAAAAUAAAAAUCGAAUUAUCACAUACAAGUCAUUAAAGCCGCAUGAGCUGCGCCAGCAAGUUUUGAAGAGCUGACGCUUUGAUAGACGAAGCAACGCUCAGUAACCUACUGAGUACUAUAAUGAAAGGAUCAUCCCUUUAAACCCUAGCACCAGUAUGCAUAUUCUCCAUACUGUUUUCUUACCUUUCCUAAGUUGCUGACAAGGAGAAUUUGUUAAGCAAUCAAGAGCUUUUUAAGUUGGUGAUCAUUUCCUUUAUUCUCAUGACCUUAAUGUUUGACUCAAGUGUGAUAUUGUAAGGAGAAGUGAGAUGCUAGUCGCUCUCAGGGGUGAAAGGGUAACUAUGUUAGCGACAACACGAUGGUAACAUGGUGCCACUAAAAUAGCAGCAUCCCCAGAGGGCAAAUCGAUUUGAUUCCAAGCUUAAAACCUUCUACGCGUUUUCAAAUUGGAGCACUUUAUCGACUGUUUUUGACUCCCUGCGGUGAGAGUGGCACCCUAGAAAACAAAUUAUGAAGAUCAAGUUUGUUUUUUCUCUUUUCAGCAACGUAUCCAUCCAAUCUUUCCGUACGGGAUCAUGGGAUUGAACGCUCUUGUGGCAGCAUUACUCAGCAUGUAUCUGGACGAGACUCGUUACAAGCCCACAUUGGAGACCGUGGAAAGAUCUGAGAAGAAUUCUGAGAAAGAUGUCGAUCCGUCGCAAGCGGCCACAUCGCUGCCACAUAACCCUGACGUCUGAAUUCUAUUCAUUUUCACGCUAGAGAGAAAAUUUCAAUUGAGUGUCGAAAUUAAUCUGAGAUUGCAUUAGUUUUCUUUUACUUUGCUCUUUAAUUGGUCCAGAAAACUCACGCCACCACUCAACCAAUCAGAUGCAAGACUAAAACCAAUCACGACUUGAUGACCCCCGUUUUCCCGCGUCUUGGUCGGAUUGUUUGUUUUUACUUCGGCUUCUCAUUGGCUAUAAGAAGCAAUUUCCUUUCCUCUGCUUUGCCGUUGGGAUAACGUUGGUUUUGGUUGUGCGACACUCAAUCGAAAAGCCCUCUAACUAUUACUCGAAUGUAUGGCAGUCUUAAAAGUAAGCGAGAUAAUAACGUAACAACGGUUGAAAGAAAAUCCUAGAGGUGCACGAGAUACUUACGUAACAAUCCAAUGAAAAAGAAUACUGAAAGUGCACGAGAUACCAACGUAACAAUCAUAUGAAACACUGGAGAAUCAUAAAGGUGCAGGAGAUUCUAACGUAACAUUCAUAUGAAAAAGAAUCCUAAAAGUGAGACACAAACAUUAGGAUAGAUUAAAAAACGUUACUAAAAUAACUUUCAAAUGAAAGAAAUGUGUGCAAGAUAUAAAUGAAAUAGAAUCCAUCAAGAUACUAACGUAACAAUCAUAUGCACGUAAUGUUAUCAAAGCAAUCUGAGAAUUAAAAGUAUUAUAAGGGAGAAUCCUAUUGGUGCAGGUAUAUUCCUUUGAAAAAGAAUCCUAAAAGUGAGACACAAACAUUAGGAUAGAUUAAAAAACGUUACUAAAAUAACUUUCAAAUGAAAGAAAUGUGUGCAAGAUAUAAAUGAAAUAGAAUCCAUCAAGUGCACGUGAUGUUAUCAAAGCAAUCCAGUAAGGGAGAAUCCUAUUGGUGCAGGUAUACUGACGAAACAAUCGAUUGUAAGUCAAUCCUGAAAUGCACGAGAUGCUAACGUAACUUUUGAAUGAAGGAGUAUCCUAAAAGUGUGCAAGAUACUUACGUAACAAUGCAAUGAAAGAGCAUCCUAAUAGUGCACGAAAUACUCAUCUAACAAUCAGAUGGAAGAGAAUCUAAAAGUGCAUGAGAUACUAACAUAACAAUCGGGUGAAAGGGAAUCCUAAAGGUGCACGAGAUACUAACGUAACAGACUAAUAAAAAGGGGAAUCCAAAAAAUGCGCGAGAUACCAACUUAACAGACUAAUGCGCGAAAACGGGGAAUCAAUAAAAAAAUGCGCGAGAUAUAUUAAUGAAACAAUCUAAUAAAAAAGAAUCCUAAAUGCAAGCUACGCAUUAGCGUAACGAUCCAAUGAAAGAAUCCUAUAGGUGCAGGAGAUACUAAUACAUGUAACAAUCCAAUUAAAGAGACAGACAGGCAGACGUACAGAUAUACAGGCAGACAAAUGGACGGACAUGUGGACGAACAGACGGACGGUUGAAUGGUUACAUAGAUAAUUUAAUGGAUAAAUAAAAGAGCAAAUGAAAAAAAUAUAGGCGAAUAAAUAGAUGAAAAAUGAACAUACAUAUAAAUGAAGGGAUAUUUGUUUUUAUGUUGACUAAUGACCUAACGUCGCCUAGCUCAGUGGAAGC